AUCGUAUUAAUUAACUUUACUUCUCAAUUCUAUUAGUCAUAAUUCAGAAGAGUUUUUAAAAUGCGUUUGGAAGUGCUUUUGCUUUUAGGAAUUUGUGCCACAACACUAGCGCAGAUGCCGGAUCGCAUCAUAUUCCCUGAUAUUGAUGAUUUCGAGAGUGAAUGCACUCUGUCGGAUGGAGAGCAAGGCAUGUGUCGAAAUAUCAGAUACUGUCCGAGUGCCUUAGAUUCCAGAGAGCGUGUGAAAACCUGUUAUUUUGAACGCUCCGAGCAGAUCGUUUGUUGUCGCGAUGUGCCCAAGGAAUAUGCAACGACGAGAGCAUGUUCUAGUUAUUAUCCCAUAGUCGACCAAAUGGUUAGCGGCCUUAGCACGCGACCAAAUGAAUUUCCAUAUAUGGUUGCUUUGGGUUUCGAGACAAUGUUGCCUGAUCUCUAUGAGUUCAAAUGCGGUGGUGUUCUGAUAGCGCCUAAUUUUGUAUUAACCGCAGCACAUUGUGCGCGGAUUGGCGGCGCCACGCCUUCGGUAGUACUACCUGGCGGCGGCAGUCUGACUGACUACUCCGUGAAAAAGCAUGAAAUUGCCGAUGUUCUAAUACAUCCGGAUUAUGAUCCGAAGAAAGCCUACAAUGACAUAGCACUGCUCAAAUUAAAACAGGCGAUAGUAAAUUUCCAACCAGCUUGUCUCGGCGAAAAUGCUUUAUUGGACAACGAAAACAUUACGGCAAUAGGUUAUGGUCACACACAGUUUGGUGGUCGUUCAUCCGAUGAUCUGUUAAAAGCUUAUUUAUUGGUUGUAAGCACUAAAGGGUGUCAAAGGUUUUAUAAAGACUCCGUUGAGUUGCCAAGCGGACUUAUGGAUACUCAGUUCUGUGCACAGGAUCAACAGUUUGGACGUGACACCUGUCAGGGUGACUCUGGUGGACCUUUGAUAUUGAAGAAUAUACACAUACCCUAUGUGGUUGGUAUAACAUCCUUUGGUUUGGGUUGCGCCACGGAAGCGCCCGGCGUUUAUACAAGGGUGUCCAAAUAUCUCCACUGGAUCGAGCCGAUUGUGUGGCCGAAUUGAUAGAAAUGUUUUUUUAUAUUUUCAAAAUUUUAUGUUUCGUAAUUUA